ACUCUCAGAGAGAGAGACAUGCUUCUGCAGUACUCCGAUGACAUCAUCAAGGUGGAGUUGGGGUCUCUGCGUGAGAGAUGCUAAAGUUCGUGGCUCAGUACGGAGGGGCCUGUGGCGUUGCGGUGGAGACUGCUGGCCGGAGGAUGUCCAUGCAGAUGGAAGCUCGCCUCAAGGAGAGCCUGGAGCAUCUCAGGCAAGAUCGGAGCAUUGCUGCUGGGAAAUCUGCAGGUAAUUCUGGGAAUAGCCACCAGGAGACGCUGUUACAGCAGCUCCUCACCGCGGCGCGGACACAGGCUUCCCGACUCGUCAAGCUGGAAAAUAUCUGCCUGAGUAAUCCAGGACCCGUAACGCCACCAGAGGCAAAGGGGGAAGACCUGCAGCAGGAUGUGGCGUCGGCAGAGAUGCUGGUUGCCCUGGUGACAGAGCUGGCGAAGACGAGGGCAGUGCUGGAACUAGCGCUCAGUCGGCACAGCAACGCCAAUCUGCCCGCAGACCUGCCCUCUCUCCCUCUCUUCUUCACCCGUGUUGCCUGUGGCCAGGGCCCGCUCCGUCUCCAACAGAACCUGCUGUUCUCCUACGGAACCAAAGGAACACCCUAUGAGAUCCAGCUCUUCUCAGUUCGUUGCUAUGACGGAGGGCCUGUGGCGUUGCGGAUGGAAGACUGCUGCCGGAGGAUGUCCAUGAUGCAGAAUGGAAGCUCGCCCAAGGAAGCCGUGGAGCAUCUCAGAGGCAAAGGGGAAGACCUGCAGCAGGAUGUGGCGUCGGCAGAGAUGCUGGUUGCCCUGGUCGUGGCUUCAGUACGGAGGGCCUGUGGCGUUGCGGUGGAGAUGCUGGCCGGAGAUGUCCAUGCAGAUGGAAGCUCGCCUCAGGAGAGCCUGGAGCAUCUCAGGCAAGCCUGGAGCAUUGCUGCGCUGGAAAUCUGCAGGACCCGUAACGCCACCAGAGGCGAAGGGGGAAGACCUGCAGCCAGGAUGUGGCGUCGGCAGAGAUGCUGUUGCCCUGGUGCAAGAGCUGGCGAAGACGAGGGCAGUGUGGAACUAGCGCUCAGUCGGGCACAGCAACGCCAUCUGCCCGCAGGCUGUGAGACCGCUCUUCUCUUCCCUAUGCGUUCCCGUCGUAUCUUCUCCUCGGUGACACCAGACCUCCCUCUCUCCCUCUCUUCCUUCACCGUGUGCCUGUGGGCCAAGCCCGUCUCCGUCUCCAACAGAACCGUGCUGUUCUCCUACGGAACCAAACGGAACCCCUAUGAGAUCCAGCUCCUUCUCAGUGGAACCAGGGCUCUCUUCACCGUGGGAGGAGAAGCUCACCUGGUGGAGGGGCGGGGCGUGGUGAGAGGAGGAAUUUGGACCCACAUAUGUGGGGCUUGGAGCUCUGAGCAGGGCAUAGCGUCACUGUGGGCCGAUGGACACAGAGUGGCAUUCACACGCCGGGGUGGCCGAGGGCCGUGUUACCCAGUGGAGGCUCCCUCCAGCUUGGGGCAGGAGAAGAACGAUCGGUGGGGUCCUCUGGAGGAGUCAGUUUGGCCAGUGGGAGUCAGAUGCCUGGGUUUGACGGAGGCUUCGAUGCAAGUUGGCGUUCACUGGGAAGAUGACGGGGGGUGA